CUCAACUUCCAUAACCCUCUCUCAACCCUUAUAAGAACAUCCAAAAGAAACCACUCUCCAAAACUCCCUCCCUCUCUCUCUCUCUCUCUCUCUCUCUCUCUCUCUCUCUCUAAUCAUCCUUUGUUUUCUCUUCAUCUCUUAGGCGUGGAAUUUAGUUUUCAUUACUGUCUCAAAAUCAUUUCUCACACUCUAGCAAAGCUUUUUUUUUUGUGUACUAUUUGAAGCAGACAACAAAGUCCAAGUAAUUGAUACCAUUCAUAAUCCUCUGUUUCCUCUGUUUUUCCCUCUGUUUCCUCUGUUUUUUCUCUCUUUUCUUCUCUUUCAUCUUCAUACCUACUUUUUGCUUAUAAAAAGAGAUUACACAAUGGAGAAAUGGAAUAAACCUUCAAGAGAUCAUAGAAAACAUCAUCAAAGAGAAAACCCAUCUUUCUCUUCAUCUCUUUUAGAUGUAAUUUAUCGAUCGAUCGACGAAGGACAUCAUAAAACAGAGGAAAAAGAAGAGAAACUCAUGUUCUACAAAGAAAUAUCAACAUCAACAACUACAACAACUAUGAGGAAGAUGAAGAAUGUUGAAGAUGAAAAAUCAAACUUUAGAAAAACAAGAAAGGUUGAGAAUUGGAAUGAGAAAGUUGUGAAUGGUAGAAACUCUUUGACAGAAUUUGAAAGAGAAACAAGAAACAAUUCAAACACACUUUCCAUGCAUUCUAGUUCAUCAUCUUCAGAAUCAAGUUCAGCUGGUGGUUUUUCAUCAUCUGAUUCAGAAUCAUUCUAUGGUUUACAAAAACCAAAACCAAUUAGAACAAGUGUUUCUGAAAAACCAAACAUUCAUCAUGGUUAUAGUAAAAACCAUAACCAUAACUAUAACUAUAACUAUAACUAUAACCAUUCUGUUCAAACUCAAAAUCCCAAAAAUGAGAAUGGUUUUGGUAAAACAAAGUCUAGAGCUUUGAGAAUUUUGUAUGGAGAUAUGAAGAAAUCAAAGCAACCCAUUUCACCUGGUGCUAGACUUGCAAGUUUUUUGAAUUCACUUUUCACUUCUAGUGGAAAUACAAAAAAAUCAAAGGUAUCAUCAUCAGCUACGAAAACUACUACAAAUUCUGUUUUGGAAGCAAAAUCAGCACAAGCUUCAACAUGUUCAUCAGUUUCUUCUUUUUCAAGGUCUUGUUUAAGUAAAACACCUUCAUCAAGAUCAGGUGCUAAAAGAUCAGUGAGAUUUUGUCCUGUUAGUGUUAUUGUUGAUGAAGAUUGUAGACCUUGUGGACACAAGAAUUUGCAUGAAGGUGAAAAGGGUUUGAUAGCUAAUUCACUCUAUGAUGGAAAAAGUAAAAGUAGUAGUGAGGAACUGAGGUUGCAUGUGAUGCAAGAAAGUAGAAGAGUUGAAGAAUUAGCUAGAGAUUUGUUGAAGAAUUAUCAGAAAAAAAAUGAAGUUGAUUUUAAUAUGCAAUUUGAAGAUGAAGAUGAUGAUGAUGGAGCUAGUUGUUCAAGUUCUGAUUUAUUUGAAUUGGAUAAUUUAUCAGUAAUUGGGAUUGAGAGGUAUAGAGAAGAAUUACCUGUGUAUGAAACUACUCAUUUCAACCCUAAUAGGGUUAUUGGAAAUGGUUUCAUUAUGUAAUUUUGAGAAAAAAAAGGGGUUUAAUUGUAAUUUUAGAGAAUUUAAUGGUGUGGGGGUUUACAUCUGAUAAUAAGUUUUCUCCUUUUUUUUUUUUUUGUUAAUUUCUAAUUUUAGAGGAUUUAAUGUUGUGAUGGUUGUUUCAUUAGUUUCUAUAAUAUAAUCUAACUACCUUUUCUUUUUUUAUUA